GCAGCUCGUCAACCCUCGCUAGCUAUCCGUGUUCCUCAGUUGGAGCUGUCGGCGGCUGAUAGAAGUAUCCCCCCCCCCCCCCAAGGCCGUACGUCACCUCGUCCUCAGCACGUAAAGGUACAGUAUGGCCACCGUGCAGUCGGCGUUGGUGCUCGCCGUGCAUGUUUUGUUGAUCUCCGAGUUCAUCCUGGCCAAGAGGGACUACUACGACGUGCUGGGGGUCCCCAGAGACGCCACCGAACGCCUGAUUAAAAAGGCUUUCCAUAAGCUGGCCCUGAAGUACCAUCCUGACAGAAACAAGGGCCCCGACGCAGAGUCCAAGUUCAGGGAGAUAGCAGAAGCGUACGAGACGCUGUCGGAUGACAAGAGGAGGCGAGAGUACGACCAGUUCGGCCACGGGCCGUCGCCUGGGGAGGGCCACAGAGGAGGAAGAGGUGACUACAACUUCAACCAGCACUACCAGUCCUUCAACUUCGAUGACCUUUUCAAAGACGCCGACACUUUUGGUCAACACCGACACCAUUUUCACUCCCAAAAUCACGCUCACCCCCAGGGACACUUUGACGGGCACUUCCAGGCCCACAGGGAGGCUAUGAACAGACAGAAGAGACAGUUUCAGCAGGGGGGCUUCGGUGGGGGGCUCUUUGAUGACAUGUUUGAGGACUUGGAGAAGAUGUUCUCCUUUAACGCACACGGCUCCAGGACCGACGGGAGGUUCCAGGGUUCUGGGAAGCAGCACUGCAGGACGGUGACCCAGCGCAGGGGCAACAUGGUGACCACCUUCACUGACUGCUCUUGAGACGGCGCCCUGCGGAUCGCAGCCACUUUGGACACUUUAGGAUUUAUAUUAGUUGAGGUUUUGGAAUUGGAUGCUAAUUUAUCACUCGGUGGGAAAGAGAACAGUGUCGCCUGGCUUUAUGUAAUUUUCUGCGUGUGAUUUUGUCAGGAAAAAAAAAUUCUCCCUUUACCAGCUGACGUGAUAAAGGGCUGCUUUCAAGCAAUAACUCACUCGAGUUGUUACCCGUAGCACAGGCCAUCAUUUAGCUUUCCGGGUUUAUUUUGUUUACGUAAAAAGGUACAAUCUAGGUGUGGCCUAAGGUUAAAAGAUUAUUUUAUUCCUUUAUUUUCUUCGAGAGCAAUUCAAGUUGUCACUGUAGCAUUCGUUCUACAACUAAUCAGGCCAUACUAUUAUUGUGCUCACAUUAUAUAAAAAAAACGGCUCAUCCAAGCACAGUGUAUUCAGGGUUUGAGCAUUUUCUUAGUUUUUAUUAAUUAUCCAGUGUUGCAAAAAAAAGGCGGAUUGAAAUCUAUUAUCCAGUAUUUUUCUUCAAAUUUAACUUCACAUCCUGAAAAGUGUGCAAGUUGGCCACCAUCAACUGUUACCUCGUUUUUGUCUCUUCCUACAGAGUUUCACCCACCUUCAGUCAGGGCAGGAGGUUAACAUCAGUUCUGUGAAAUAUGCUGGUGAACUUCUGUUUUCUCUCAGCUGUUUUGUAACCAGUUUUUUGCACGGUUACAGAAAGCCUGGCGUCAUAAACCAGCCCAGCUGAAUGAUAUGAGAAGUUUCUGAAACUGAUCAUUAUGUGCAAUAAUCGGCCUCUUUGCCCUUCAUGUUGCCUAUCUUUCAUAGAGAGUGCUUAGUUGAUGUCAUUGUCUUAUGUUCGCACUUUGUAUUUGUGUGUGUGUGUGUGUGUGGCCUAAAUUUGUUUGGUUGCAUAAUGUUUCGAGAAUGAAUAAAAAUGUUUUAAAAGCAAAA